UGACGGGUGAGCCAGGCGGUGGCCGGUGACGAGUGGAAGGGAUGACCAAGGUCUUAAACACUCGCCUCUUAAACAUGUUUGCCUGUAUAACAGUUUAGUUUGAUACCCGAGCUGUGUUAACACGGACCUCUUGGCGAGCUAAUCCUUCUGCAUGUUCACUAAGCAGUGCUGUAGGCAUAGGAUCAUCGGUACUACUAGUUCGGACCUUCUCUGGCUGGGGCCAGGGUCUCCCGUCUGAUUGACACGUCCCGUCCUCCUCCGGCAGAGACACAGACUGGGACGCUGGUCACUGGGCCACUUACUCUAUAGCUCCUGUGACAUGUCUGCAUAGCGGAGGGGUAACUGUUGGCUGACACAUCACAGAUACAUCUUACCCUACUCAACUUAACUGUAGCCUUAGCUUAGCUACCGGUCUCACAACAGCAGAGCAAGACGACAACUGCACAAGUCAAAGGUACCUGGACUGGACAAGAUGCAGAACUACGCCCCAUUCUCUAUGUCACACCACCCAUCUGUGACUUCCAUUGGAGGAUUGCACCCUACGGGAAGUUUGCCCGUACCCCCUUUCGCCAAUGUUCCUGGCAACUUCCAAGGCCUAUCACAAGGCUACAGCCCAUCCUUCCAGGCUCUAACUUUGGCCGAGAGACUGGCAGGUGGGUUGUUUUUGUCUAAGUAUUCAAACAUUAUUUUGGAAGCGAGGUACGGUUCUCACCGGAAGCAGCGACGGAGCAGGACGGCAUUUACAAACCAGCAGCUGGCAGCGUUGGAGAAAACAUUCGCUAAAACACAUUACCCGGAUGUAGUGAUGAGAGAGAGGCUGGCCAUGAUGACGAAUUUACCGGAGGCCAGGAUUCAGGUUUGGUUUAAAAAUCGUAGAGCUAAAUUCAGGAAGAAGCAGAAAGCAAUCAAGCAAAAACACAAGGAUCAACCUGACGAAAACGACACAAUUACACGCGAUGAGGAUUGCUUGGAAAAAAAUUGCGAAUCUCGCUCGGCGUGUGCGGACGACAAAUCCCUACCCCCAGCGGACACAUCAAUCACUUCGACAGGGGAGGAUGCUGAAGACGACAACCACUCGCUUUCCUGUAGCGGCGACGACGAGGAGGACAAAAUACUGAGCGUAGAUGAGAUGACCGAUGAUGAUGAAGAGGACGUCAAUGUUGACGAUGACAACAUCAAUGAUGACACGACUAGAGAAAGUCUUUUAUUCAGUCGUAUGGAUCAUCGUGGGGGAAGCGUGCCACGUGAUCCUCCCCGCUCCAGUACACCCGUAGAUCAGAGAGGCUUUGGUCCCCGUGAGGUACGGGAAGGAAGGAAGGAGACUGAGGAAAGGCCAGCAACUCCUCUGAGCCCAGUCACCCCUGUGUCCUCUCCGGAACUCCCCCAGAAAACAGGCGUGUCACCCGUCACAUCACGGCAUAACAUCACCAGUAUAGAUACCAUCCUGGGAAACGCUCAUAAAGUCGGUCCAGCUCUAUCAGCGUCGAAUGUUCCGUCAGUGUCAAACCCGUAUAUGUCAAGCAACCCUGGGCUUCUCACUCUGCAGCAGCACUUCCGCCAUCAAGCUUUAGCUAGUGCCAUGGUCAACCGACACGGCGGUGUGGCCCAUGGGGGAGGAGUUCUCCAGCUUCCCCCAAUGGGCAUUCUACCUUACCACGGCUGGCAUCCCUACGCGUAUCUUCCUCACUCCUUAGGCCACGUCCCUUCGCAUCCGCCGUCUACAGUCCCAGGCCCACACCCCUCAAUAGGACCGCUCUUUGGCAGCAUGGCGUCAUCAUCUCUUCAGGGCCAUAACUCAGGGGAUAGCAUGGCGAACUCCAGUAUUGAAAGCCUGCGUAUGCGUGCCAGGCAACAUGCCGCGUCACUGGGAUUGUAUGAAAAUGUUUGAAGAUAGUGAAUCAGUUUUUUCACCUAUAUUUGAACUUUCUAUCAUAUGGACAUAAAUCGGACUGUGAGUUAUUGUACAUUGUUUAAAAAAAGUCAAAGACAAUUUGGUGACUUUGUAUAAUAUUUUAUUGCUCUGAGGGCAUUUCUCUUUCUGACUUGUGUAUAGUUUGAGAAGAUCGACGGCAGAUUUACUCUUGUUAGGAGAGUCAUUCAAACGAAAAAUCCCGGUCAUAUCAGUAUACAUUUACUAAACCCAUGUGAAUUUAUUUCAAUACGCAGAUAUUCGCCAUAUUGUCUAUGAGAUUUCAGAAAAUAGACAAGAAGCCCUAGUUUUAAGACAGUUGUGUUCCAUCGCAGUGACAAUGACACCAGAUUGCUCUCAAAUCUCCCGUGAAUUGUGCUUACCCUGUGUUAUGUGUGAAAAUAAAUUGUCUAUAUCGUG